AUGUCCUCCUCUAUUCUCCCCGAAAAUGAACCACAGAUCCAGCCUCGGAACCCAUUCGCUCGUCCAGGUCCCAUCCCGGACAUUCGGUUAGAAGGCCUUUACCUGGAGAGACCCCCUUCCCUUGUACAAAGAGCCGAAUCGUCUUCGAGUUCAUCGAGCCCAGCAACUACAACCUCAUGCGGACCAAACGACAAUUCAGGCGCCUGUGAGAAGUAUUACGGUUCUGAUGGGUCGAGUACGACUUUGCCAAUUGUUCUGGGAGUGGUCAUUCCUUUAGGGAUCGCGUUGAUCCUGUUGCUAUACCUGCACCGACGCCAUGUAAAACGGUUGAAACAAGAGGAUGCCGAAGAUAAGCACAAAUCACUCGAUUUUGGCCUCCUGGAAUCUAAGCAUCACCCGGGGAAGAAAAAUGGCCGAAAGGGCCCUGAGAUGUUAAUGGCCCAGGAGAAGGAAAGUGGUAGUAGACGUGGUCGGGGCUUGUCGCUUGAUAUGGGUGCUAACAAUCCGUAUCUUCUGCCUCCCGAACUGCAACACUCUAGGGAAUCACUGCACUCCCUCUCUCGUUCCAUAACUGGCGAUGACAAGUAUCGGGCUACCACGUUCAUUCCAGAUGAUGGUUCCAUUCGACCACCGUCAAGUCUCAGAAGCCCAGUGGACGAUUCAUCAAGUUUUACCGGGUCUUCCAGUCGCAGAUUUCCGUUCGACUCGAACCAAAACUUGUUGCGCAAUGCCCAAGAGCCUGGAAAUGGGCCGCCUCCGUCUCAACGCAGUACUCUAGCGGACCAAGCACCGGGGAGCCGUAUACCCGUGCCACCAGGAAACAACAAUAAGUUGCUCCCUCCCGCUCUGCCUGACCCGGUACGUGACUCCGUUGUGAGCACAGCGAGUAGCAACGGCGGAAUGAAUGCCCUGAGAGCCAGUAACAACUAUCUUGGCCAAUUCAUUAGUGGUGGUGGACCAUUUGGAAAAGAAGAUCCGCCCAGUAAGAAAGAGCCUGUAUCGUCUGUGAAGGAGGUACCAGUUGAGACAAUGGUUGUGCAAGUCCAGGCGCCUCCUGCGGCCGUACUCAAGGACGCUCCGCCUUCACGUCUACCGCACACAGUUUCAAUCCCUCAGGACCAGACGUCCACGGUACCCGGCAUCACGUUGAAUCUACCAGAAGAGGAGCGCCAGCCAAGGUUACCCCAGCUAAGCUUCAUCGACUCACAAGGCAACAGGCAACAGACACUGCAACCCGAAGAAGACACUCACAUGCCUCUAGAUGUGUCAAAUCAUACACCUCCCUCCGCUCACGCUUCAAUGGAUAUUCCUCACCCAGAGCACUCGCAAAAUCAAACAUCGCAAGGUCAAACCCAAGUUCAACAGCAAGAAGACGAUUACUACGAUGAAUACGAGGCGUAUAGUGACUACCACGACGAGCAUGGGUAUUAUGGUUACCAGGACUAUGACGAUCACACCGGGUACGAUCCUCGUCGACUCACGAUGGGCCUGCGACCAUUGCCCCCUGACGAUCCCACCGAAAACCCUGAGCAGCGCGCCAACCGUAUCAGGUCUUUUUAUAAAGAAUACUUUGACGACAGCAAACCACAGAACCAUGCUCAAAACAUGCAAUAUUACGAUGGUGCUGAAGGCUAUUACGAGGACAGUUAUGGACCAGAUGCCUAUCAAGAUGGCUACUAUGAUCAAGCGGCAUACCAUCCACCUCGAGGAAUGUCACAAAACGGCACGUAUGGAAGACAUCGCGCCACAGUGUCUAAUGGAAGCUACCAGUCAGGUCCCCGGGCAUUUUCAUCAGCAUCAGGUCGGUACGGUGGGGGAUAUCCUCGCGUGCCGCCGAAGAAGAACUUGCCGCCACCGAAGGCAUUGAACGUCUUACCCACACCUGCAAAACUCAAAGAGGACACAUUCUUGCCCAUUGACUUCGCUCCGCCCAAGAAAAUCCACAAUCAGAGGGCUGGGACUCCCGAUAGUCUUCGAGGAGGAUUGAGACCUUAUUCCCCAGCAGUGAGAGCUCAUGUUCCCCUUGCUUCGUCGUUCGAUGACCUGGCGGUGAUACCCAGCCCACAUCAAUUAAGAAAGUCAUCCACAUUCACAGCUUUGGACUUCGCACCUCCAUCGCGACUUCGAUCAACCGACACCGGAAGUGAGACGGGAAGUAUUCUCAGCAAUCGAUCUGGGAUUUCGGCUCUCCACCUCCACAACAUCCGCACUGGAGCAUACCGAGUCAGUCGAAUACCGAAGAAUGUUGCAGGGACCCGAGACGAGCUUGCGGCAGCUUUGAGGCCACAAUGGGAUCUAAACCGAUGA